GUAGCUGUGUCUGUGUGCGCCUUGGCCAAUGGAACCAGAUCCUCCCUGCAGUGCGUAAGAGCGCGAUUUAGGAUUUAACCAAGUCCUUGCUGCGGGGCUGGCUGCAGUCUUCACCAGAGCCCGACGGCCCGAGAGCCUUUCAACAAUGCCAGUGUAGUUUUCGCACCACUUUGGAGUCAGACUGCCUCGAUUUUAUUUCUUCUUUUUGCUAAUCAAAUAAAACAAACCCACGCGUUACCUCUCAAAGUAUGACUGGAGUAUUCGAUCGGAGGAUCCCGAGUGUGAAAACUGCAGACUUCCAGAGCUCAUUUCCACUUUCUACCAUGCACCAUCCUUCUCAGGAAUCUCCUACUUUACCCGAGUCCACCGCCACGGAUUCUGGCUACUACAGUCCCGCGGGUGGAGUCCCUCACGGCUACUGUUCGCCCAGCUCCACCUCGUACGGGAAGCCUCUCAAUGCCUACCAGUACCAGUACCCCGGUGUAAAUGGAUCCGCUGGAAAUUACUCGACAAAAUCCUACACCGAUUACAGCGCAUACACGACCCCCGCGUACCACCAGUAUGCCGGGACUUACAGCAGAGUGCAAGCCCAGCCGAGUCCACAAGAAAAGGAGAUAAACGAGCCUGAGGUGAGGAUGGUGAACGGCAAGCCAAAGAAAGUGAGGAAACCCCGGACAAUCUACUCCAGCUUCCAGCUGGCCGCCCUGCAGAGGCGGUUUCAGAACACACAGUAUCUGGCGCUGCCGGAGAGAGCCGAGCUGGCCGCCUCGAUGGGACUCACGCAAACACAGGUAAAAAUUUGGUUCCAGAACAGGAGAUCAAAACUGAAGAAGAUCAUGAAAAACGGCGAGCUUCCCCCUGAGCACAGCCCAAGUUCCAGCGACCCCAUGGUGUGCAACUCUCCACAGUCCCCGGCCGUUUGGGACACACAGGGCCCCUCCAGGCCGCACAGCCUACAGCCACAAAACAUCAACACGGCGGCUUCUAACUUUUUGGAAAACUCGGGGUCUUGGUACACCUCAGCCGGCAGCUCCAUGACUGCCCACCUGCAGACCCCUAACUCGAUACAGCACUCGUUGGCUCUUGGAGCGGGGACGUUAUAUUGAGAAAAAAAACCCAGUUGUUCAUUUCAGAUCUUUUUUUUUGUUUCUCCUUCUAUGGGACUCGUGUUCAAAUUUCAGAGGAAUAUGCAAUGUAUUUGAUGGCAGUCAUAGAAGAAACGUGUAAAAUGUGUAAAUGUGUGCAUGUAAUUUAUUGCAUUUUGGAAGACUAUUAAACGUUUAAAUGGACAAUGGAACUUUGAAACCUCCGGCCUCACUGCAGUCUCUUGUUAUUUACACGGAAAAUCACGACAAAGACUCUCAGACAUAAAUUACUUUUGUGAGCCUCAGGUGACACAAGGUUGUAAAUCACAGCUGUUCCGUAUUGAGAUUAAUCUAGAAAAUGUCGUAAUUCUUAGUAGUUUUUCUUCGUCAUAAU